CUCCAUGGCGCCUCYGGAGCCCGGCAUCAGCCACCCGUAGGAAUUCUCCACGCGGAUACCGCCCGGCCGCCCCCACGAUGCCCGUGGCCAACGGGCUCUCGGUGCCGCUGGAGAGCCUGCGGCRGCAGCUGGAGCUGUGCCUGGUGUGCUCCAAGUGCAGCGUGAAGGAGAACGAGAUCACCUACCGCCUCAAGGAUGUGGAGCACCGCUGCAUGCACGAGAUCCUGCUGGCGCGGCGCCGCAGCAAGAGGAGCGCCGCGUGGAGGAAGGUGUCGCGGCGGCCCGGCUUCCCCACACCGGCGCGCUACGCCGUGUGCCGCUACUACGUGCUGGGCUUGGGCUGCAGCAAGCACAAGGGCCUGUGCACGUUCGCCUGGAGCGCCGAGGAGGCGCUCGUGUGGAACUUCGAGCGCGAGCACGAGCUGGAGCGGCGCGCGCUGAAGGCGGCCGUGCUGCGCGCCCAGCUGGCCGCCUGCCCCGGCGCCGGCGAGCCGCCCGAGGCGCCCGGCGCCGCCGCCGACAUCCGCAGCGAGUUCGGCGGCUGCUUCCAGGAGAUCUGCAAGCGCUGCUUCUUCGGGAGCCCGCAGCGCAUCCGCGCGGGCGGCCCCGCGCGCCUCUGCGAGCAGCACGGCGCCUGGGAGCCGCUGCUGGUGCACGUGGUGUCGGACAGCCGGCGGCGGCGGCAGUACACGGCCGUGCGCCCCUGCCCCGAGUUCGUGCCGGCGCUCACCUACUGCCGCUACGUGAGCCGCGGCGAGCCCUGCAAGCACAGCCCGCGCCGCUGCAACUACGCGCACAGCGACGUGGAGCUGGCCGUGUGGCGCGCCGAGCGGGAGCGCGGGCUGGCGCGCGCCGAGCUGCUGCCGCCCGCCGCCGAGGGCCGCGCGCCGCCCGCCGCCGCCRCCACGCUCCACUUCUACUGCCGCGUCUGCCUCGUCACCUUCGGCUCGCGGGAGGCCUUCGAGAGCCACUGCGCCUCGCUGGAGCACGCGCAGAUGCUGGCGGCCGACGGCACGGUGCAGUGGGCGCACCGCGCGCCGCCGCUCGGCCUCGCCACCUUCUCGCUGUGCAGCAGGGUGGACGUGUGCGAGUUCGGCGACGGCUGCACCAAGGCGCAUUCGGCCGAGGAGCUGCAGGAGUGGAUCCAGAGGGUGAAGGUUGCCACGAGGAAGAAGAAGCAGGCGCUGAAGGACGGGCUCGUGUCCUACCAGAGCCGCCUCAUCGACGAGUACCAGAAAUCCUCCAACGAGGUGUUCAUCAUGUCUGAGCACGUCGACGGCGUUCGGGCCACRUGUGAGCAGCCCUUGCAGGUGCAUUCCGAGGACAGGAGGAUGAAAUACCGGUGGAAAUUCCGAGUUCACUCCCAAAUGCCUCUGAAGCACGUGGCGCUGCUGAAGAGGGAGCCCGGCGUCUCCUUCUACCUCUCGGUGGACGGAUUCCCGCAGGGCCUGCAGUACGUGCGCGGGGAGCUCGUGGGCACGCUGCCCUCGUGCCCCAACACCUCCCUGGUGGAGGUGUGCAUGGAGUGCUGCACGCUGGGCGUCUUCGAGCAGUGGGUGGCCUUUGACUUCGACAGCCGCCCCGUGCUCAUCCGGAAGAUCAAGGCCAGGGUGGGCCGGCGGGAGCUGCCGUGGCAGAGCGCGGGCAGCGGCGAGGGCGGCCGCGCCGUGGACUUCGAGCAGUGGCACAGCGGGAACCGCRUGGUCAUCCCCAGCGUGCUGCGCACCAGCGACGACGUCGAUCUGCUGGCCAGAUACAAAGCGCCGGCGCUUUCCCUGAGCGCCCGGCACAAGGGCGCAGCCAACGGCCCCAUCACUCGGCUCACCUAUAGGGAGAGGAUGCAYGACUUCCUCUUCAGGGAGGAAGAGGCCGAGCAGGCUCUCAUUGCCAAGCUUAACCUCCGAGUCUUCAUCUUGCUGACCCCGAUGCUGCAACACCUUUCUAUGGGCAUGAAGUUUGCCCAGUCGGGUGAGCUGUUUGCUAAAGUGCCUACCCCUUACAACCUCUCACCAGACACGGACGAGGGGUAUCUGCUGAACAGGUCUGUGCCCACGGCUUAUCUGGCACUUAACCCCCCAAUAAACAAUCGGGUUUAUGAAGUUGGCGUGGAGAAUAAAGCCACAACGGAGAACACUAUCUGGCUGCAGAUACCAAAGAGAUGCUGCUCCGAGCUGGACUUCAAGCCAGACACCUCCCACAACGUGGAGAUCCAGUUCCAAAUCGACCGGCUGCUGUUCCGCCAGUGGCACCAUGCUGUUGACCGCCUCUUGGAUGAGAAGCUGGUCCUACCUGAUGUCGCCGAUUGUUCCGUCCCCUAUUCACUCGAGGUGUCCCAGAAGGGGAACAGCAAGCAGAAACUGGCCAUCUCCUUCAUCACAGGCAAAGCGGUCAGCAGCCGCCAGAUCCCACCCCUGCUCAUCUACGGCCCUUUCGGCACGGGGAAGACGUUCACCUUGGCCAUGGCCACCAUGGAGAUMCUCAGGCAGCCCAACGCGCGGGUGCUCAUCUGCACGCACACCAACAGUGCUGCUGACAUCUACAUCCGGGAGUAUUUCCACAACUAUGUGACCAAGGGGCGCCCAUGGGCCGUUCCCUUGAGGAUUAUUUCCACCGACCGCCCCGUCAGCAUGACAGAUGCCAUCACUCAGAUGUACUGCUGCCUUUCUGCGGACCAGCACUCCUUCAGGCACCCCACCAAAGAGGAGAUUGACAGGCACCGCAUCAUCAUAACCACCUCCAUGCUCUCGAAGAACCUGAAGGUGCCCCCGGGUUACUUCACUCACAUCAUGAUCGACGAGGCUGCUCAGAUGCUGGAGUGCGAAGCUUUGGUUCCCCUUUCGUACGCCACUUUUGAGACUCGGAUUGUCCUAGCUGGGGACCACAUGCAGAUAACCCCGAAGCUGUUCUGCGUCAGGGAUGGACAGUCYGCUGAUCACACCCUGUUAAACCGGCUCUUCCAGUUCUACCAGAAGGAGAGACAUGAAGUGGCCACRAAGAGCAGGAUCAUCUUCAAUGAGAAUUAUCGAUCCACCGCGGGCAUAAUUGAGUUUGUCUCCAAGCACUUCUACGUGGGCAAAGGCAAUGCCAUCCAAGCCAGUGGGAACAUCUUGCCCCACCCGGAGAUGUACCCCCUCAUGUUCUGCCACGUGCCCGGCAGAGCUGAAAGGGACAUGUCCAUGAUCUCCUGGCAUAACACCUCGGAGAUAACGCAAGUGAUUGAGAAAGUGCAGGAGAUAUUGGAGAGGUGGCCGGAUGAGUGGGGUGUCCAGAAUAUGAAGAAGAUCUGUGUCGUCUCCCAUGGGACGCAGGUUUCUGCAACCAGGCAAGAGCUGAGGAGGAAGCACCUGCAAGACAUAAUGGUAGAAAACUAUGAAAACUUGCCAGGGCGCGAGUUUCGGGUCAUCAUCAUCAGCACGGUCCACACGAGCGAGAGCCUGCGCAUCUCGGCCUCCCACCACCUGGAGUUCUUCAACGAGGCCAGAGUGCUCAACACCAUCAUGACGAGGGCUCAGUCGCUGGUGGUUGUGGUGGGGGAUGCCGUGGCCCUGUGUUCGCACGGCCAGUGCAGCAAGGUGUGGAAGCACUUCAUCCAGGAGUGCAUCGAGAAGGGCAGCGCGACGCCCGAGAACCUGACCAUGGCGCAGAUCAAACAGGCUGCCUAUGACCAGGAGAGCUGGCGCAGGAGGAGCCCCGACAGGGAYGAGGAGGACAGUGACAGCGAUUCCUGGAGCUCUGAGGCCGAGAGCAUAAACCCCGAUGAUCCCAUUCUCCAGGAGCUGUUGGAUGAGAGCAAGAACGUCCUGGUGACGGUGUCUGAAGAAGGGCUGCUGAACGUGAAGACUGAGGUUUCAAACCAGCAGGACGAUAAGCGGGAAUACGUCAACUUCUCCUCUCGGAUGAUGCAGGAGUAUCUCCACAUGCACCCUAAAAUGUACAAGAGGUGCGAGUUGAUCAAGGAGGGGUUUGACAGAGCUUCUGCCUUCACCCUCAAUGACUUCCCGCCSAUGAGCAUUCAGAUCAAAGGCAGAGUUCACUGCGGGACGGCCUUCACGGGCGAUGAGGUGCUGGUGGAGCUCCUGCAGAGCAACACGGCCGAGAGCGGCUGCCUCCGCCCGCAAGGGAAGGUGGUGGGCAUCCUAAAGCGUGCCGAGAGGGAGCGCACCUUCAUCUGCAUGAUGGAUGAGUUUGAUCCCCGYGUCAUGAUCCCCAUCGACCGCACCGUCACCAAGAUAUUUGUCCCCGGGCUGCGAGAGAAGCCGGAUGCCAUUCCCAUCCGCAGGCUCGUCAACGGCAAGUACAGGGUGGUGAGCUGCGAGAGGAUCGGCCAGAGCACGAGGAGGUGCCAGCUCUUCUGCGUCCAGAUCAUCUCCUGGCGGGAGGGCUUUUACUACCCUCUGGGGAUAAUAACUGAGAUUCUGCACAUUGCCUUGACCCUGGAAGAAGGUCUAAAGGUGCUUGAUAUGGAGUAUGGUUUGGAAAAUAAAUAUCCAGCUGCUGUUACCAAGGAAUUAGCCAGAUACACCUCCAGCAAACCUAAUGUCCUCAAGGAAAACCUGAAGGACUGUCGGAGCUACCUGACCUUCACUGUUGACCCCCAAGGGGCUAAGGAUUUAGACGAUGCUAUCAGCGUUCGGGACCUUGGAGAGCAUUACGAGAUUGGGAUCCACAUCGCAGAUGUGGCCGGCAUCAUCCCCAAAGGCAGUGCCUUGGACGCAGAAGCGAAGAAACGGGGUGCCACCUACUAUGCACCCAAACGGGACCCGCUGUGCAUGUUCCCACCUCGGAUUAGCCAGGAGAUCUGCAGCCUCCUGCCGCGGGAGGAGCGCCGCGUGAUCUCGCUGUUUGUCACCGUGGAAAAGCAGACGGAUACCAUGAUGAAGGGGAACCUCACGGUGUGCGUGAUCCGCUCGGACCGGCAGCUCUCCUACGAAGAGGCAGAGCUCCUCAUUAAGAGCCGCUACAAAGGAGGUGCGGAGAACCUCUGCUUUGAUACCCUGGAGGACUGCUUGGCCGUGGCCUAUCACUUCUCCAGGGUCCACAGGAAGUUUCGUCUGCAGGAGGACUGUUUCUACGACCAGCUGGAUGAGGAAAGCUCCCCGGGUAGCAGAGGUUCCCAUCAGAUGAUAGAGGAGUUCAUGAUUAUGUUCAACAGCUUUGUGGCGGAGUUCCUCACCAACCAGGAGGACACCAGAAGCGUCACUCCCCUCCGGUGUCAGAGCGAGCCCAACCUGCAGCAGGUCGCGCUCAUGAGAAGCAAGUACAGCCACAUAAUCCCUCUGUCCAUCCACCUCUCACACCAUCUCCAGGAGGUGCCUCCCAGGCAAAUCUCAUUGAAAGAAUCCAAGUUCAGCCUCCUGACCCCGCUUUGGGAGCACCUGCAGUCCGCUGCUGAGGACUGCGACCUGCACAAGAUGCUGGACCUCAUUGUCACGGACGACAUCCACCCGAAGCUGGCGCCCGUGGCGCUCGAGUUCAGGAGGCUGCUGGGCCGCUCGUAUUUCUGCCGCUCCAACUCCAGCCCCCAGUCCAAAUCGGGCCAUUACUCCUUGCACGUCGACUCCUACACCUGGGCCUCCUCUCCCAUCCGCCGCUACAUGGACGUGGUGCUGCAGCGGCACCUGCGUUCCGUGCUCUGCAAGAAGCCCGUGGCCUAUUCUUUGGAGGACAUUGAGUUUCUCUGUCACGACUUCAACAGGAAGAAUUCCCGGGCCGUGAUGUACGAGAAGAGGGCCCGCUCUCUGCAGAUGGCCACUCAGCUCAAGCUGCAAGUCCUGCAGAAGGUCGCCUUUGUGGUGGAUAUCGAAGCCAUGAACAAGCACUUCAAGGCCUUGUUUCCGCUGAACAGAGAGACUCUUCCUGAUCCCCAGCUAAUUAACUACAGGGCUCUUCAGCUGGUAGAGCAGCCCRUGUUCAACGAGGAGCAGAACAGCAUGAGGCUCCUGUGGAAGAGGAGGGUCUAUUCGGUGGAGCAGAAGAAGGAGCACGGCCUGAAGGAGGGACCUCUCUACGACCAAAGCAUCACCCUCUUCGAUGCCGAAGUUUGGCAGCACGUGCUGUUGGCCAUCAGAAGGGAGCAGUUUGAGAACGUGGCUCCCCUGCUCCGCAGCGGGGAGGACCGCGGCAGGCGGCGGGUGGGCUGGCUCAGGAGAAGCUCCUGCUCGCACUACGUGGAGCUGUCGCUGGAGCUGCAGGCGGGCGACGCGCUGCACUUCCAGCUCACCACGGACGUGUACCGCGGCUUCCUGGUGCCCUUCGUGCAGCUGUGGUCUGUCACGCCGGGCUUUGACAUCUGCCUGCAGCACACGGAGAAGCCCAUCGACUGCUUCUCUGAGUACGCCCUUCAGUCCUCCAAGGAGAAGUACAAGAGCGCGGUGGAGUAUAACAAGGUGUGGAUGCCGAUGAGCGCCAUGGAGUCGGCCUCGUGCGCCGUGGCCGAAAAUGACUCCAUCAUCCUCCACCACGUCAAAAUAACCUGGGCGAAGCAAAGAACGGGCAAAGGGCAACUGCAAGGGACCUUCUCGCUGGCCAAAAGCUUUCUGAAAGACUGCUGCAUUGAGGUGGACUUCAACCACUGCUACCUGUGCAUUCGCUUGAGUGGGCUGGACCUCGAGGGCUUUGAGAGCGAUGAGGAAUGUCUCAGCCACGGCCUCCAGAACCUGACUUUCUUUCACAAGGACAGGCCGGAGAGCAAGCUGGUGCUCGAUCCGGAUACGUACACCUGGGUGGCGCAUGGGCUCAUGGAAGAGGCCAGCGACGAGGAGAAAUCGGACCGCAGUAGCGUGAGGACCUUGAAUUUUUACAUCCACAAUAUGUCUAUGGAGAACAUUCCCCUGGAAAUCUCACUGGAGUCUGCCAGGUUCACGGUGGAGCUCAUUCCAAAGAUGCUGCCCGAUGUACGAAAAGAAAAUGCAAUUUGGAAGCUCAAGUAUGCCUCCGACCUUGCCAAAAGCAUCGCACUAAACCACAAUCCUCCUAAAAAAGUGAUAACAUCCAGACUCUUGGCGCAAAAAACCUUUGAUCUCCCGGGAAGUCAAAGGAAGCUCAACCAGAGUCAGAACCAGGCAAUUCUAAAUGCUCUGAAGAAAUCCUUCACGCUCAUCCAAGGGCCACCAGGCACAGGGAAAACGGUUGUUGGAAGUCACAUUGUCUACUGGUUCCAUGAGCUGAACCAGGAGACCAUUGAGAAGGAGAAACCACAGCGCUUGGAUGAAGAGGACAAAGGCAACAAGUAUAUCUUGUACUGUGGCCCAUCCAACAAGUCUGUGGAUGUUGUUGCUGAGCUGCUGAUGAAGAUGAAGGAGCUGAGACCCUUGAGGGUUUAUGGUGAGGCAAUUGAGACACUGGAAUACCCGUACCCAGGGAGCAACCGGCACUUCUCCCGCAAAAUCUUGCGGGAUGCAAAACCGAAGCAUGAGCUCAGUGAAAUAAUCCUGCAUCAUCGGAUCCGACGGCCACCCAACCCGUUUUGGAAGGAGAUCUGUGAUUUUGAUGAACGGGUGAGGAGAGGAGAUGAGAUAUCAGAAGAAGAGAUCAAACGGUACAAAAAUACGUUGUCAGCUGCCCGUGGGCACGAGCUCGCGCGGCACGACGUGAUCCUGUGCACGUGCUCCGCCGCGUCCUCYGCGUGCCUGGAGAAGCUGAACAUCAGGCAGAUCCUCAUAGACGAGUGUGCCAUGUCCACAGAGCCCGAGACCCUCAUCCCCUUGGUCAGCCAUAAGUAUGCGGAAAAGGUUGUUUUGCUUGGAGAUCAUAAGCAGCUGCGUCCCGUGGUCAACAACGAUGUCUGCAAGAGUCUUGGCAUGGAGAUGUCUCUCUUUGAGCGCUACCGGAAUCAGGCUUGGAUGCUGGACACGCAGUACCGCAUGCACAAAGACAUUUGCAAGUUCCCAUCCCAGGAGUUUUAUGAGAAGCACCUCAAAACGUGCCCUUUGCUUCUCCGUGAGGCCAGCGUCUUCUGCCACCGAGACAACAAGUGCUGCCCCAUCAUCUUCGGGCACAUAGAGGGGAAGGAGCAGAGCCUCAUGGUGUCCACCGAAGAGGGAAACGAGAACUCCAAAGCUAACCCAGAAGAAGUGGAGCAGGCGGUGAGGCUGGCGAAGCAGCUGACGCUAGAUGGCACCAUCCGGCCRGAGAGCAUCGCCGUGCUGAGCCCCUACAACGCGCAGGUGUCCGAGAUCAACAAGCGGCUGCUGAAGGAGGGCGUCCGCGGCGUCACCGUGUGCACUGUCAUGAAGAGCCAAGGAAGUGAGUGGAGAUACGUGAUCAUGUCGACUGUGCGCUCCUGUCCGCGCGCGGAGAUUGACCUAAAACCCACGAAAAGCUGGCAGAAGAAGUUCCUGGGGUUUGUCACUGACCCAAACCAGGUCAAUGUGGGCAUCACCCGAGCUCAGGAAGGACUCUGCAUUAUAGGAAACCGUUACCUCCUGGAAUGCAACCCUCUGUGGAGGAGGCUGCUUCAGCAUUACAUAAAGCACAACUCCUAUACCACAGCGCGAGCUAUUUGCGUCAGGAAGACUCCAGCCGUGCGCCGGUAGGAACGGAUUACACCUCGGCGAGCCCCUCUGUGCCCGGACACGCUGCGUGUGCCUUGCGGAACGAUGCCCUCUUGCCACCAUUGGGACGUGGAGCAGAAGGCGGCACGAGGGACGCGGACGUGUCCUCCAGCUGCAGCCUGCGCUUCGGGUUUCCCUCCGGGUUUUCCAGCAGUGAGCCUUUGGACAGGACCUUGCAGCUCUAGCGAACCAAAAAGCCACGGGAAUGGAUGGAUGGAUGCAUGGAUGCAUGGAUGCAUGCAUGGAUG